AUGUCCAACCGCCGAGUUCGAACGAAAAACGUUACAAACAAAAAGGACACUAGCAGCAACACAAACGCCGACCACGUGUGUAUAAUUUGUGCUGAGCCUAUAAUAUACUCAGCAGUUUCUCCCUGCAACAAUGUCACCUGUCACACGUGCUGUCUUCGACAACGGGCGUUGUACCACAAAAAGACCUGUUUGGUGUGUCGAACCGACCACGACGAUGUGAUUUUCACAGAGAAGAAAACGGAAGAUGACUCGAAGUAUGCAGACUUUGCAACCAUUAGCCGCUCCUUGGUUGAUACAGAACACAACAUUCACUUCACCAGCGAGAAGGUCCAAGCGGACACAGCGGCGCUAUUGCUGCAAACUUGUGCUGAAUGCAAUGAGCAGUUCCUGCUGUUUGACGAAUUGUCACGGCAUGCCCAAGAAUUGCACAACAAACGCUAUUGCGACAUUUGUGCUAAGCACAAGAGGGCUUUUGUGUCUGAGUUGACGAUGUACACCCAAAAACAGCUUCUGCGGCACUUAAACGAAGGAGACCGUGACGGUUUUAACGGCCAUCCCCGCUGCAAAUUCUGCCGCAACCGUCGUUUCUACUCGGAGGACGAGUUAGUGGUGCAUAUCCGGGAUCGCCACGAAAGGUGUCACAUCUGCGACCAGGACGUUCCGCAGUUCCGGGAUUACUUUCGUGAUUAUGACGACUUGUAUAGCCAUUUUUGCAGCGUCCACCACGUGUGUACCGUUCCCUCUUGUGUCGAAAAACGAUUUGUGGUGUUCCGCGAUGACCUAGACUUGACGGCGCAUAUGCUCAAGGAACAUGGUGGUCUUACGGGCCUGGGUGGCCGUGUGGUAGUUGGCGCCGGGCCAUCGCGAUUCCGCUCGCAGUUGACUACGUAUCAGCCGCCUCAAGAUUCUACAGACACGAAACGACUUCGUUUCGAAGAACGGGCAAAGCACUAUGUCAAUUACGAUACCGACCGGUUAGCACAAUUCAACAACGCUACGCAGCAGUUCCGCUCCAAGAAACUUACGGCAAAGGAACUUUUGGACCGGUACCGUGAGGUAUUUUCUGGCACCCCGGAGCUGGACAUUUCUCUUUUGAUCUACGAGCUUGCAGAGUUGUAUCCCGAAAAUGCACCUCAAAGAACCCAGCUUGAAGCGGUGUUCAACUCUAUGACCUUACCAGUUUUGGCAAAAGAUUCAUUCCCCGCUUUGGGAAAUAGUCUGUCGCUGUCCCUCUCCAAUCUGACUUGGGGGACACGAAAGGGCCGCUCACAACAAGAACUUUUCCCUGCACUUUCGAAACCAAAGCGCACUACAGUGCCAAUCAAGAAUGGACCUAUCAAGUAUACGAUUUUGAAGCAGCCCCAGAAACAAAAGCCUGUGGUUAACACAUUUAAAGAGAAAACUAAUUACAGGCCAACGUACUUAGACCAGCCUGCAGCGUCACGUUCGUCGGACUCUUUACCGACAUUGGGAAGUUCGUCGCUGUCUCGCACACAGCUGCCCAAAACAGUUUUGCCCGAGUCGAAGUUUCCGGCGCUUGAAAAGAAACCCAAGAAGGAGAUCCCACGCGUGAGACCUGUUGUUGAAAGCACUGGAUCAUGGGGACAAGGAUUGACUCCUGCCGCAUCAAAAACUGAAGAUGAUUGGGGCAUUCCCAUAAUAGAUAAGAAGGCUGAAAAGCUAAGGCGAAAACAAGAGAGAAGAGCUAAACAAAACUAA